CACCGUACUCGUCUCCUCUCCUUCAUAUGGGUAGCUGUUGUAGCAAGCAGAAUCACGAUGGUGAACAUCCGCCGCUCCUUCACGAUGGAGAAAACGGAAACUAUGGCUCGACACAAACCCAACAACAGCUACUAUAUCCUCCUGCACCAGCGAUAGAUCAUAUCAAAGAACAGGAAUUUUGGAAUCACGUUGUAGAGAGGACUGAGCAACAAUUGAUAGAUAUAUCUAGCGCACAAACCGACUUACUACAAAACCAAGAUGCACAAGAGAGAUCAGAAAAAUAUCAGUCAGUAUACAUCUGUUGAUUAACAGUAACUUGAGCACGGAACUCAAAGAUUGAUGUUAUUUAGGGAUAUUUUGAAUCAAAUUCAAUAUGACAUACUGUGGCCAAGUGCUACGAACUUAAAGCUUCCAAAAGGACAGCUAACAGCAGCAGCAGCCUGCGAUCAAUUGUGCUCAGCUGCACCUAAUGGAGGUCUUGGAGAAGAAGAUAUGGAAUGGUUAUAUCAAACCAUGGACGACAUUCAAGACGCUGUCGGAAACAUCAAUGUUCGACCCGUAGGUGACAUAGUUGUCAAUCUAACCUUCUCGGAAAAUUGAAUUCAACUGUAGUUUGUCUGCUCGGACAGCCAAGCCCAUUGCAUCCAUAUUCUCAAA